AUGUCACAAUCACAAAUUCCAGCAAUUGGCAAUGAAUUCCCAAUAGUCAAAAGUUUCAAGAAAGCUGUACAACAAGAUGUUAAGGCAGCUGGCUUCACUUUUAGUAUAUCAUCAUCAAAAAUGUCACGUGUUGGCAAAGUCAAUCACACUCUUUUUGUUACCUUGCAGUGCAUAAUGAGAGCUUCUCAAUACAAAACAAAAAGAGCUAAUUCACAUGAUGCUCAGAAAAAUGCUCUGAAUGAAAACUUUAACCACAACAUCACCGUACAGCUUUUGCAAAUGUUGGAGAAACAUCAGUAUGUAGUUCAUCAUACAUUAUCAAAAGAUGAUCAUAUACAAAAUCUGUUCUUUACAUAUAUUAAAGCUGCGCGUCAAAUGACUAUAUGUUCAGAGAUGCUUAUGGUGGAUACAACAUACAAGACAAACUUAUACAAGCUUUUUCUCAUCAACAUUGUUGGUAUUAGCAACAUUGACAAUGUUAAAGUUCUUAAUACAUAUCAAAUUGCAAUGGCAUGGAUAGCAAACAAAUAG